AUGGUGACACAGGCUUCAUUUUGGAAAUUUCGCGCGAAAGCUUGCCAAUGGCCUGAAGAACUCAGAACAGUUGAGCCGUACUUAAAGAUGGCAUUUGAGCCUUUUGUAGAAGGAUGGGAUUUCGUGGAGACGCUUGGAGAAGGGGCGUAUGGAGAGGUCCGACUUGCUGUAAACCGUACAACUCAAGAAGCAAUUGCAGUUAAAAUUGUCAACUCUGAUAAACUUGUUGGAAACCAGGAUAGCUUGAAAAAAGAGGUCUGUAUUCACAAAAUGCUUCAAAGCACCCACAUUGUCAAAUACUAUGGCCAAAGAACGGAAGGUCCAAGAAUUUAUUUGUUUCUUGAAUAUGCACCUGGUGGAGAACUUUUUGACCGAAUUGAACCUGAUGUGGGAAUGCCUGCACCCGAAGCUCACAAAUAUUUCAAGGAACUGAUUUUUGGUCUGGAAUACAUACAUUCAAAAGGUGUAACUCACAGAGAUAUAAAACCAGAGAAUCUUCUUCUUGAUGUGGCUGGUAAUUUGAAGAUUACUGAUUUUGGAUUAGCAACUGUGUUCAGAUACAAGGAAAAGGAGAGGCUGCUUGACAGAUGUUGUGGAACACCACCAUAUGUAGCCCCCGAGGUGCUAUCAAAGAAACAGUACAAAGCUGAACCAGCCGAUGUAUUUUCAUGUGGUAUUGUCCUUACUGCAAUGCUCGCUGGAGAACUGCCUUGGGAUGAGCCAAGUGAUAGAUGCAAAGAAUACAUCGAUUGGAAAGAAAACCGUUCGUAUAACACACCAUGGACAAAAAUCGAUACGAUCCCUUUAGCAUUACUAAAGAAAAUAUUGCAACCAAACUCUGAAAAGAGAUAUACUAUACCGCAAAUUAAAAAAGACAAAUGGUUUAUGAGAUCUUUUAGUACCCUGAAAAGCAAGAGCCCUAGGGAAGGCCUGUCAAGUUGCCUGUCAAGUUGCACUCCUCCACAAUGUUCUCAGGGCUUCAAGAGACACAGAUCUGACCGAGAUACAACACCCUCCUCGAAAAAAUCACGUUUACGAAUAUCGAGCACCCAACCAGAACCACGGCUGCGGAAUGACACUGGAUACAACGACGAAGAAGAUGAUGAUGGCGAUAGAAAAAAUGAAUGGACGAAUCUUUGCUUUUCCCAACCUCUUCACGUUGAUGAUCUCAUACUGAGUCAAACACAAAGCACACCUGGGUCUUCACAGAACCCUAUACAACAUUUAGCAAAGCGGAUGACUCGCUUCAGUGUCUCAAAAUCAUUCGAAGAAUUUACAAAAAAGUUGCUUUGUUUGUUUGAAGAUUUUAAAUACAACUACAAAACAUUGGCACACGGUCAGUUUUCUAUUUCGACAAUUGAUCGACGCAGGAAUCAGCUCUCAUUCCGCAUAAAUCUGAUCGACAUGAACAGAAAACCGUUACUCGUUGACUUUAGGCAUUGCAAGGGCGACGGGAUCGAAUUCAAAAGACAGUUUAGAAAUCUGCGAGAAAAAUUGUCAAAGUAUAUUGUUUAAAAAAAGGAAAUGAAAUGAAGCAGCUGGAAAUGUAUGCGUUUUGCAACAGAAAAUACCAGAAGAGUAAAAUGCAACUGUAUUGGUUCUUUCAGUUGUUUAUUGACAAUGAAGUUUGUUGUUAAGCGGCUUUUGCCUCCUCCACCCUCUUUUCAUUGGCAGCUGCUUGCUAUCAGUACAUAAUGGAUAUACGAAUUUGAGUUUGCCAAUGAAGGAAGGCUUUUGUCACGGUAACAGUGGUCAAGAGGAAGUCCCAGAUUGAAAAUUGAAAGUUAAGGACCACCAAACAAUCAAUGCUAGUGAUACUUUUAACAGAGACGCUCCAUUAGACAUUGCUGAGAUGAUGGGCCUAGUUUUUGACUGGCAUGGCUAUGUACUACUUAUCGAAUGGUCUCAGGCGAGCCCGAAUACAGAUCUUCCACAAUCCAACCCUCCAGCUCUAUCCUGUUUCCCAUUUCUUUCUUAAGGUUAUCGACACACAGUUGAACCCCGUUAAUUCGGACAUUCAAAGGUUGCAAGUCUGAUCUAGCGAUUAUCUGGCUUACCCGGCGUACGCCUUGAGAGUAGCUUUUUGACUUGGAUGAGGCAGGAAAAUCCAAUGGAAAUGGAAAAGGUCUGAAUUAGCGAAAGUCCGAGCAAUCCAGUGUACGACUUAACAGGAUUCAACUGUAGAUCUGUUGAUGUCUCUCUUAUCUCUUAUUGAUUGCAACUUGUAAUUCCUAGAGAACCAGCGUGCUUCCAGGUAUGACAUUUGCCUUGCUCGGGUAUUUCUCAUAUAUUCUAUCAUUCUAACAUGAACUUUUGACCCAUGCCAACAGUCGCUACAUCCCCUCUCCUCAAGCCUCCUUGUGCGAUAAAUUUUUGAUGCAAGUUAUUCACAGAAUGAAUUUUGGCUCUAGAUAGCUUUGGACGAGUGAAGUUGUAUUUUGCAGUAAGAAUGCUAUCCCAAAUUCUCUUAUCAAAUGCUGGUCCUUUUUACGACACUAAAGUCAGAAAACGGUACGGUUAGAAUCACUUCACUUUUAACGUUUGUCUUAUUAAAACCUCUCUUUCAGAUGUUUUAGAAUAUUCCCCAUCCAAUUAUACGACAAGUUAUAUUUAGCUUCUAAACACACCGAUUGUUGCAGUCAACUCUUAUCUGUUGAACCAGGUGUAGUUUCUGCUGUUUACAUUUCAGUAGAUGCGGAAUCAUUUUUAACAUCUUCCAUCAAAUAUUGUUGGUUUUAGGUUUAAGAUAUAUUUAGUCACAUGUUUUGUUGCUAUGCUUCACUGUAACUUUAAAAAGAAUCUGUAUUAAAUUGCAAUUGGAAUCUGA